AUGGUUUCUCAGUGCGCGGCUAUGCACCGUAUUCUUUUGACGGCUACGGCCGUGCUUUGGGGCAUCGGCAAUGCAGAGUUCGCCGAAGACGCCGAAGAAACUACAUGUUUGGAAGCUGUAUGUGCUGGACACGACAGAAGCGCUUCUGAGGAGGUCCAGGCUCUUCGAACGGAGCUCCUCCAGACCGCUGUGCAGCUGAAGCGCAGCAAGGAGGCGGAGCCGCCCAAUGACAUGCUGCAUGACUUGCAGCUCGAGACUUUCCAGGCUAUGUCCGAGCACCGAGAAGCCCUGCGAAGGCAGGCGGAUGCCAUGGCAGCUGAGACCAGGACGGCCGAGGCCUUGAAGGCCAUGAACCACGAGACGUCGACUGGCCCACCCCAGGAACAGAUCGCACCGAGCGGCCCAAAGCCGAAGCAUGGGAAGCAUCAUCACCACGGUGGCGAGAACAAGCUUCUGCAGGAGGCAAUGAUUCCGGCGGGUGCCCUCGCUGCAGGCAUGCUGCUGCUGUGGUACCAGCUGACCACUGCCGGUAUCCUUGCCAUCUAUUUUGGUGCUCAGGCUGGCUUCACCCUCUACAUGAAGGUUGUCCUCUCCAACUCGGUCAUCUCACAAGAGCUAGGCAUCGACGGCGUUCCUGCCGGCUUCCUCGUCACGGCAGUGCAGCAGGUUGUGGCAUUCAUUGUGUUGGCCAUCAUCGUUGCAGCGAUGUACUGCACGCCCUACCGAUACACCCCUCGACCGCUCAAGAGCUGGUCCGAGGUGGCCUGCGUGAUUAUUUUUUCGUUCGCCUUCUCCUUGAACAUUGGCCUGAACAACUUCAGUCUGUCUUUACUGGCCGUCUCGCUGAACAUGAUUAUCCGGUCCUGCCUGCCCAUCGUCACCCUGGCCUUUCAGCAAAUCCUGGGACCCUGCAUCCCCGACUUAGCGCAGAAGGUCCGGAUGACGGAGGUAACCUUGAUGGUAGCAGGUGUGGUCUUCGCAGCUGUAGCUACGCUGGCUAAGAGCGAAGGCUCGCAUGGUGGUGGUAGCGAGUCCAAGAACCUUUUGCUGGGUGUCUUCGUCUGCACUCUGUCCGAUGCGGCCUGUGCGGUCAACCUCAUCCUGGGCAAUAUGUUUGGGAGCUCGCUGGACCCACCACUAAAUCCUGUAGACACCAUCUUCUACAUGGCGCUGCCCUGCGCUCUCUUUCUGCUGCCAGCUUCCAUCCUCCUGAUGCAUCCGGUGGGGUGGCCCAACUUCGGCGACAUCACCGACCUGCAGGUCUUUCAGAAGGUCAUGGAGCUCAGCCCAACGACGAUGCUCUGGGUUAUCCUCUCCGGAUGCAUCGCUGCAGGUGGGGCGUCAUGCUGCAUUUGCUGGCAAUUUCAACAAGGCAGCCACCAUCAUGCUCUCCAUUUGCAUGGGUCUGGAGACCUUGCCCGGCGGCGUCUGGAGCGCGGUCAUGCUGCUGGCCAUCCUCGGGAACAUCGGGGCCUUCACUGGCUUCAGUUUGUUGAAGUCCAACGAGAAAGCUGUGAAGAAGGCGGAGAGCGAGACAUCGUCCAAGUCUUAGAGCCUGUAAAGGCUUGGCAUCUUGGCUGCGUGGAGGUCUGGUGCUUCAGAAACUUGGACUGGUAUCAUUUUCAUUGCCCUUCGUUUGCACUGUGCCCGGCUGCACGAAAGAUAGGAGCAGAGGUCGCUGCGAUGAAGCUAGGUAUUUUCACAGAUGCACGAGAGCACGUGCUACCACACUUGAUGACCAACAUUUUUCAGCCAGCAGUCUUCCGCCUUCAGCCAGUGAUGCCGCGCUUGGGCAGACAGCUGCGGAAACUGCCUUCAGAGAAGGUCAGAGAAGUGUUGAGCCCAUGGGAGGAAAGGGACGCCGUCCGGCCCCUGGUUACCAAUCAAGGUGGUGGCAAGGGCAAGGCUCGCAGUUUCAUUGGCGAAAGACGACGGAACGGGGCGAAAGAGUUGUGGUACUUGCUGGUCGGUUGGUCAGUUCCUGGUUUUGAAGUGCGGCAUCUCUUGCUUCUGCAGGGGGGCAAAGGCGGUGGCAAAGGCUAUGUCAAGCUUACCUUCGACAAGCAUCUUGUGACGUUCACGUCGGAGCAGGCUGACGUGCUCACCAACGAUGUAAACGUCGGUGGUUCAACUGCUGAGGCCACCGACUUCUUCCUUGCUGCCCCGGUGGACUUCGGUUUCCUGGUAGCGUGCCGCCUGGGGCCUGGUCAUGCCUGGUCAAGUUUGUCAGGGAGCUCACUUGAGACCAGCUCCUGGUGUGGAAGAUUCGAAAGACUGGUCAGCAAAUCUAGGCAAAUUCCGCCAAGUUGCCACGAAAAAAAAUUGUGGUAA